AUGACUUCCAUAUCUAUUAGCGAUUGCUCUUCAGAAAGAUACCCUUCUUCUAUCUCACCUUCUUCUAUCUCUUCUUCUAUCUCGUCUCCACCAAGCUCCUUCGGUGAUGAAGAUUCCAAAUCAACCAUUCCUGAACCUAUCUUAGAACUCUCGAUCACUUCACCACAAGAGUUACCAAUUUUACUUGACGUUAACCUACCUGAAGAUACCAUCGGUAAUGAACCAUCAAGUCCACCAAGAUUAAAUCAAAUCAUAUUACGACAUUCACCUUCAAUGUCGGUGAUCCCCAGCAAGACCACUCAAAUCAAUAGAACUCGAGCCAAUUCUCUUACUAGUACUUGUAGUCUGGCUGAAAGACGUGGUAGUAAAACUUCAGCUUAUCUUGGUACUGACGAUUUCAAGAAAAACUUUGCAUCAAAAUUGAAUUCAGUUAAAGCUCGUGAAAGAACUCAAAGUAGUGAACCAAAUAACUGGACAGGAAAAUCAAACGUUUGGAACUUUCCUUCGAUAGAGGAAACUUCACCUACUUUACCUACAGAUCGUGAUUUUUCUUUCAAUCGUCAUCAAUCUCAACAAAACAAAAUAUGUGGAUUAGCUCCUUCUGCUAUACCACCACGUGGAGAUAAACUACAUGAUAUGAUCAAUCAUCUUUUAGCAUUACCAACAGACGAAUUAGCAGCUCAAUUAGAAAUGCAUUUCAAUCGACUUGAACCAGGACGUGAUGCAGAAGAAUUAGAAGCAAGAAAUGAAGUGAUUUCAACUUUAGCCGAUCAACUUGCCAAUCAAUUAGAAUCCAAUGAUAAAUUAUUAUUCGAUUUAGGUUGUUUACGUUCAGCGCAUGCUUCAUUAUGUUCGGAAUUAGCUGAUGUGAAAGACGAAAUGGCUUCUUUGUUAUCUACUAUGAAUGUCCUGAUCAUCUUUUUUGUCAAGAUGGUAAUCUAG